CUGAAAAUACACAACUUAAUACCUAAUAAUACUUAAUAUACAUAACUUGUUGCUGUUUAUGACUCAUUCAGGGAAGUGGACUGGAGAUAGAUGACUGCUGUCACAUUUCUCAUCCAUUUACUCCUGAACUUAAAUAAACGUUUGCUCUGCCGGUGGUUACUGUUGGUGUCCUUCUGACUCCGAUUUACAAUUUGCCAGAUGAGGCAGGGUUAGAGAAGUGCAACAUCUACAUUUUCUGCAGGUGGUGAGGAUUCUGUGACACCCAACAGAUGCCAUGCUAUCGGCAAAAUGAUUAUCUUCAGGAUUAGAAAAGACUAUCGUUUCAUCGUUCUACUCUGCAUCACUACUAUCGUUGUGUUUUAUACUGGACAGCUAUCCUCCAAUUCGCUUGUGGAUUUAGUUAAAAAUGCCCUUCGGCCACUGGACAGGAUCAUCUCUCCAAGAAAUUGCGGAUGUCUCAAAUGUAUGACACAGCCGGACGAUGACCUCUGGUUUCAGAAGCGCUUCAUCACAUCUUUUAAACCAUUUCUGACCAGAGAGUACAAGACACUCUCCAACGAUACAAGAACGUGGUGGCUGAAAUUGCAGAAAGAACAUACCAAAGCCAACUUUAGCGAGGUGGUGGAGAAGCUGUUCCAGGUCAUCCCUGAGGCUGACCUCUACAUGGACGCGGGCCCUGAGCGCUGUAGGACCUGUGCUGUAGUGGGGAACUCUGGGAACCUCAAGGGCUCCCACUACGGAGCCCUCAUCGACUCCAGUGAUGUCAUCAUAAGAAUGAACAAGGCUCCUACCUCUGGUUAUGAGCAGGAUGUUGGCAGCCGGACCACGCAUCACAUCAUGUACCCAGAGAGUGCCAUAGAUCUGGACAACACCACUAGUCUCGUGCUUUUCCCUUUCAAGACUCUGGACCUUCAGUGGCUACCCGGCGCCAUCACCAAUGGAUCUCACAUCACUUUCUCAUAUGCACGUCUUAGAGCGAAGAUAAAGGCGAACAAAGAUUUGGUAUUGGUUCUGAAUCCUGUGUUCAUGAAAUAUGUUCAUGAAGUCUGGCUUGACUAUUACGGCAAAUACCCCUCAACCGGAUUCAUGGCUUUGAUAUUAGCCCUACACAUUUGUGACGAGGUGAAUGUGUAUGGAUUUGGGAAAGACAGAAAUGGGAACUGGCACCACUACUGGGAAACACUAACCAAUAAAAAGCUAAAGACUGGACCACACCCUGGAGACUAUGAGUACAACGUCACCAGAAAGCUCUCAGAAAUACACAAACUAGAGAUGUAUAAGGGAUGGUGAUAAUUAAUCCAGAUUAUUAACAGGAUUUGCUUCAGCAGUCACUUUAAAUAUUGCACCAUUUAUUUCUGACUUUUUAUUCUUUAGAGCACUACUCCUCUUACACCGUUUAAGAUAGAAAUGGCAUUCAAACGUUUUAAAAUGUGUAGAUCGGUCUGGAUUAAGUUGCUUUUGAUAACAUCUAUACUUUUUAAACAUUUUGACCUUCUAAAAAAACUCAUCCACUUUUAUGGGAUUUCUUCAAAAUUCUAAAGCUACCAUUGUUAAAAACUCCCAUGACUUCCAACAUUCUAAUCACAAUAAUCAGCUAAUUUGAGAGCUUUCUCAACAAGUUAGACAAACAUUUAGAGCAUAUAGAAAUUGUAGUCUGCUUCUCUGCUAUUCAAAUCUGGAAUCAGAUUAGAAAUAUAUUCUACCAAUCAAACUAUACAGCUCAGAUACAAAAGCCGACAUAAGGAAAGACGAGAAGAGACGAAACUAGUCCGUUUUAGAAUGUUGUGUUGUGGGUGCAAAAUGGCUUUCUUACAGUCUAAUGCUUUGUAAAUGCUUGAGUUGAACAGUACUAGUCACUCGUAAUUUUCAACGCCUGUCCAGUAUCCUGUUUACAUACCGCACAGAGGAGUGAUUUAUUACUGGUUCAUUAUCUUUCGGGCAGCAAAAACAUAGCCAGGAGGAAACCUAGUUUCCUCUGGUUAGGCUAUAAAGAUCCUAUCACUCCUCUAUUUUAGACAUACAGUGCAUUCAGAAAGUAUUCAGACCUCUUUACUUUUUCCACAUUUUGUUACGUUACAGCCU